AUGGAAGUGUGCAAUCCCGAUAGUCUUCGUCAAAUCGCUAGUACUUAUCAUGAUUUAUUAACACAUGAAAAAUCACUUGAUUUUCUUAUUGAUCUUUUACAAAAAGAUCAAUUACAUGAUUCAUUAUCAUUAAAUGCAUUAGAUAAAACAAUAUCAUUUUAUGAACACAUCUAUAAAAGUUAUUUAAGUGAAGAAAAAUUUUCAAUGUCGAAUUAUAUGCGAGAUUUAACACGUGCAGUAUUAUACAGUAGUGAUGCACUUCAAAUAGAUACUCAACGCAUACAAGUUUUACAAAAGGAAAAUGAACAGCCUGGUAAUGAUCAAAGUCCAUUUGCUGUUCUUGUUAAGCGUCUUAUUGAUAGUAAUGAACAAAUACGAGCUCAAGGUGGCAAAAUAAAUCGUCUUGUACCACAAGAUGAAGAUAAAAAUCGUUUAUUAACUCUCGAUUCAAAUAGCAUAUCUUCAAUUGAAGCAUCUAUUCGUAAUUUAGAUCGUUUAACCAAAACAUUUCAUGAAAUAUGUUCUAGUUUAACAACACAAAUUCUCUUACUUUCUGAUGCUAAUGAACGAGUAAGUACACAAGAUAUAGAAAAUAUUGCAUAUCAAGCAUGUGAUAAAGUCUAUAAAAAAGAAGAUAGUGGUCCAUAUGAAAGUCUUUGGGAUUCUAUGCAUGAAACUGUUUCUAUAUUAACAACAAUAAGUAAUUCAUUAGAAACAGGUUCAUAUGAUUCAACAACAAUUGAACAAAAUUCUAAACAAUCAAUUUAUUUAAUUGCUGAACAAUUUAAAACAUCAAUAAAUCAAUCAGAUGUAAUUCGUAGUAAACUUGAAUUAAAAGAAGAAGAAUUAUUAGAUAUUAAAAAAUUGCUUAAAAUAAAACAAGAUGAAUUAAGUGAAUUAAAUAUACGUUUAUCAUUAAAUGAAAAAAAAAUUGAAAGUUUACAAAAAGAAUUCGAAGAUAAAGAUAAUAAACAUAAACAAACAUUAGAAGAAGUUAAAAUUGAUGGACAAAAAAAGAUUAAGCAAUGCGAAGAAGCUAUAGCUGUUUUACAAAAUGAUAAUGAACAACUUGAACAAGAAAAAACUGCAUUAAAAGAACGACUUAAACAAUUAACUAAAAAUCAACUUGUUGAUGGUUUAAUGCAGAAAAAAAUUGGAGGAACAUUAAAAACACCUGGAAUAACUACUUCUAUAACAGAUGGACAAGUAUCUCCACAACGCCAAUUAUCGUCGCCAUCUGUCAGUGAUGGGGGUUUUGUAUCAACAACGAGUGAACAAGAAGUUUCAGCACUUCGAAAUACUGUUCGACUUUUAAAAGAUGAAAUAUGGCAUUUAAAAAUGAAUCGUGCAUCAGUUGAAUUCUCUAAACUUGAGACGCCAACACCAGCUACGAAAAUAAGUGAAAUAGCUGAUAUUUAUAAAAGUUCAACAUUGCUUUUAAAUGAUCUAUUUUCAUCAAUAGCCAAUUAUAAAAUAACUGGAGAAAAUGUAGCUGUUAAACAAGAAAUUAUACGUUCAAAAAUGAAAUUAGUCGAUCAAACAGCAAAUAGUCUUAAUAAUCGUCUCUAUCAAUGUCAAAGUAAUAUUAUUCCUGGUUCAACAAUUGAAACCAUGAUGAAAACAUAUUGCAAUCCACAAUUUUCAAAAACUGUUGCAUGUGAUCGACAAUUAGCAGCCGAAAUUCAAUUACCCGGUGGUGUUAGUGGUGAUGGUAAUGGUGGUGAAUUAAAUAUAACUCAAGAACAAUAUCGUACAAUAAUGCGUGAAGCUAUUGGUUGUGUUUAA